UAUCCACUUUUCUCCACCACCAAAAUCCUUAACACUUCUCUCUUUCUCUCUCUUUCUCUCUCUCUCUCUCUCUCUCUCUCCUCAUACCAAUACUAUACACCGUAGAUGGCGACGGCGUGCACGACCGACUUGGCUCGAGCGGCGGCGUGCAGGGACGGCGCGGCGGCGGCGCACCUAAAAGUAAUAUCGAUCUUCGUCAUCUUCUUCACAAGCAUGGUGGGCAUGUCGUCGCCGGUGUUGAUGGCACGUAUUUUCCGGGGAAAACCGCUCUACGACAGGGCCGUGGUAGUGAUCAAAUGCUUCGCCGCCGGCGUCAUCUUGUCAACCUCCCUCGUCCACGUGCUCCCUGACGCGUUCGCCGCACUCGCCGACUGCCACGUGGCGUCACGCCACCCCUGGAAGGACUUCCCCUUCGCGGGGCUCGUGACCCUGAUUGGAGCCCUGCUGGCACUGCUGGUGGACCUCGCCGCCAGCUCCCACGUGGAGCACGCGCAGUACGCGCCGGUGGUGACUCAGGAAAAGGAGAGUGUGGCUGAGUCGAGAAUCGAGCUCGGAGGUGGUGGUGGUUGCCACGGUGGCGGCGGUGGAGAAGGAGGAAGAGGAAGCAGUGGUGAAGGUGAAAGGGUUGAAGAGUUGAUAAGGUUGAAGCAGAGGCUGGUUUCUCAGGUGCUAGAGAUUGGGAUAAUAUUUCAUUCAGUGAUCAUUGGGGUUACGAUGGGAAUGUCUCAGAACGUUUGCACCAUUAGGCCUCUCGUUGCUGCUUUGGCAUUUCAUCAAAUAUUUGAAGGGAUGGGUCUCGGUGGCUGCGUCGCUCAGGCGGGAUUUAGCUUUGGAACAAUGGCAUACAUGUGCUUCAUGUUCGCAGUGACAACACCAAUGGGGAUAAUAUUGGGGAUGGCAUUAUUUUCACUGACAGGUUUCGAUGAUAGUAGCCCAAAUGCUUUAAUCAUGGAAGGGUUACUAGGUUCAAUUUCUUCAGGAAUACUGAUUUACAUGGCUCUUGUUGACCUUAUAGCUCUUGAUUUCUUUCACAACAAGCUUAUGAAUUCCAAUCCACAGUUGAAAAAGACAUCUUUUGUUGCCUUAACCCUUGGUUCUGCUGCAAUGUCUAUUCUCGCCCUUUGGGCCUGAAAAUUUUUGUACCUUGCGCUCAAUUAUGUUAGCCAUAAAAAGUUAAUUUUCAAUAAUGUAAGAUGUAAAUACCGAACUUGUUAGCAAAAGAAUUGAAGGGAGUAUUACACCUUUGAGCUUUGUUGAUUAUAUA